AAUGAUUAUUAUUUUGGCUAUUUUCUUUUUUAAUUUUUAUUCUUUUAUUUUUGCUUCCGUUUCCUCUAAUUCCGAACAUUUAAAACAACAAAAUUCAUUAAAUAAUUUAAAUGGAGGAAAGAUUAAUGGAGAACGUAGUGGAGGGGGAGUGUGCCUUGGUUUUACUGAUGUUUUUAUCGCUUUUGUUUUGAUUAUCUUAAUUUUGGCAACGGUGCUGGGUAAUAUAUUAGUUGUUCUUUCAGUUUGUUUAUACAAAAGAAUGCGAACAUUUACCAAUUUAUUACUUACUUCAUUAGCUACCGCAGAUUUACUUGUUGGGUUAUUAAUUAUGCCACUUGCAUUACUUGAUUUAUUACAUGCACAUAGCUGGCCUUUGGGGAUUGUAACUUGUAGAAUUUGGGCAACUUUUGAUAUUUUAUUAUGUACAGCAUCAAUUCUUAAUUUGUGCAUUAUUUCUCUUGAUAGAUAUAUGGCAAUUACAAGCCCUCUAAGAUAUCCAAGAACAAGAAGUCGUUGGAUGGCUUUUGCACUUUUAUGUUUUGUUUGGGGAAUGUCUUUAGUUGUUUGUUCACCUCCUUGGUUUAUUGAUGAAUGGAGUAUAUCUUUUGAUUCAAAAUCUUCUGUCAUUUUUAUUCCUCCAAAGAGAACAAAAACUCGAAGUCUUUCAGAAGGAAUUGGAGUUGAAAAUAUUAAUACGGCACAUGUAAUUAGUGGAUAUCAAUGUGCUUAUCCAAUGUCGGUCUCUUAUAGAAUUUACAGUGCCUCUUGCAGUUUUUAUAUUCCUCUUAUGGUUAUGCUGUUUGUUUACUUUAAAAUUUUCCGUGUUGCCUCUGAACGUGAACGCCUUAUUCGAGAAGGUAUGGGUACUUGCCGACUAAGCAGAAGAGUUGAAAAAACACAAAUGAAAGGCAGAAAAAGAAGUGCAACUACUAAUUAUACACACCGUUCCUCAGUACCUCGAAUUAGAGGAGGAAUUGCUCAGCCAACAACAAAAACUGUUUUUCCAGGGCAAGCAAAGGAGCAACAAAAUAUGUUAAAUCAUUGUUCUCCAGUAACUUUAGCUAAUAUAAAUAAUAUUAAUAUAAACAAUAAUCAUAUUAUACCAACAAAUCGCCCAGUUUCUUCUUGUGAACAUUUUUAUUUAAAUCAAGAAGAACGUCGUUCAUCCUCUGCUGGACAAAAUCUUUUAAAUAACGAAAAUACAACAGAAGGGGGUGAUGGAGGAGAUAAAUUAAGUAGUUGUUGUUCUGCUGAAACAAGUUGUCCAACUUCAGCAAGGAAUAGUGGAAAAGGUUUAGCAUCCAACAGUGGGCCUAUAAAUCGGACAGUGGCUGCAGCUGUAGAUCGUGCAAAGGGUUCUGGAGGUUCAGACUCGUUCAGACGCAAAAUUAAGUCGAUGGAGUGUUUGGGCAGCGGGCAAUACGACACCUUUGGAAUCGAAGGAGGGCGUAAAUCAAGUAAAUACCGCAAAAACAGUGCAGAUCCUGUAGACGAUAACAGUCCGGAACGACGGGACAGUUUACAACAAAAUCUACAUCCACCCGAUCGCCUUCUUCUUGCAAAUGGCGCUCGCCAACCUCUUCGUCAACAAAAUAGUUAUGGUGUUAAUAUGAAAACUGACACUUUAAUUGGACAUACUCCACAAGUUGUUCCUCAUCUUACAACAAAAAAUGCAAACUUGAGAGGCUCAAAAGAGAAAAUUGUUUAUUUGAGAGAGAGAAAGGCGCUCAAAACUAUUGGAAUUGUAGUACUUGGUUUCAUUCUUUGUUGGUGCCCCUUCUUUGUUGUUUACAUUUUGGAAGUAUCUCCUUUGCAAAAACGGAGCAAGCUUUUCAGUAGACACGAAUUUCAAGUGCUAGCAGAAUUUUUUCUAUGGCUUGGCUAUUCAAAUUCUGUGCUCAAUCCAAUAAUUUAUACAAUGUAUAACUCAGAUUUCCGACGCUGUUUUCGUGAUUUGCUUGGUUUUGGCUGUUUUCAACAACACAGAAGAACAAUGUCAGUUAAAAAGUUACAUCAACAGUCCACCGUUUUUUAA